AUGGCCCAUCAAGCACACGCAUAUCACAUGGUUGACCCAAGCCCAUGACCCCUAACUGGGGCAGUUGCCGCUUUACUAUUAACAUCUGGUUUAGCAGUAUGAUUUCAUUUCAAAUCAAUGACCCUUCUUGCUAUAGGUCUUUUAUUAAUAAUUUUAACUAUAAUUCAAUGAUGACGAGAUAUUAUUCGAGAGGGAACUUUUCAAGGCCACCACACACCACCAGUACAAAAAGGCCUACGAUAUGGAAUAAUUCUAUUUAUUACAUCUGAAGUUUUCUUCUUUCUAGGAUUUUUCUGAGCCUUCUAUCACUCAAGCCUAGCCCCAACCCCUGAACUAGGGGGAAUCUGACCUCCAACAGGUAUCACCCCUUUAAACCCAUUUGAAGUACCACUUCUAAACACAGCAGUUCUUCUAGCUUCAGGGAUUACAGUCACUUGAGCACAUCACAGCUUAAUAGAAGGCAAACGAGUUGAAGCCACACAAGCACUUACCUUAACUAUUAUCUUAGGUUUUUACUUCACAGCCCUUCAAGCCAUAGAAUAUUAUGAAGCCCCUUUCACCAUUGCAGACGGAGUCUACGGUACAACCUUCUUUGUGGCUACAGGGUUCCACGGCCUCCAUGUAAUUAUUGGUUCUACUUUCCUUGUAGUAUGUUUGCUACGCCAAAUUAUAUAUCAUUUCACCUCAUCACAUCAUUUUGGAUUUGAGGCUGCCGCAUGAUACUGACACUUUGUAGACGUAGUUUGAUUAUUCCUUUACGUGUCAAUCUAUUGAUGAGGAUCUUAA